AAAAUAUUUAAUUACAUGUUUUAGUUGUUCUCAUCACUAACAAAUCUUGCACAAUGGUUUCAAUUUGUGAUUCUCUACAUUAUCCUCUAUACGAGGAACACCUGAUGGGGUACAUAAUUUACAGGAAUUUAUGUUUUUGUCAUUUUUUAUCUCUAAUUUCCCUGAUUGUGCAUCUACCACAGGAAGCGUAAACCGACCGGGGCCGGUCCCUGCCUUCCUCAGGAGCCCGCCUGUCAUCCCAGCCCCACUGGACAUGAAGCCCUUCCUACAGUUCCCCCUGGAGUCGCCUCACCCGGCCAGUAUCAGUCUCUUCCACAACUUUAAUACAAUGGACCCUGUUCAGAAGGCUGUGAUGACGCACACCUUUGGGCCGCAUGUGGUGAAGACAAAGCGGCCAAUCAUCUCCUGCAACGUAUGUCAAAUACGUUUCAACUCAGAGAGCCAGGCAGAGGCCCACUAUAAGGGGAACCGCCAUGCUCGGAGGGUGAAGGGGAUCGAGACAUCCAAGACAGCUCGUCUCCAAGAUGGUGACAAGCAGUACCCUCCCCCUACUGCUUCACCCACCCCACCAGGCCCCUUGCUAUCCAGCCCUGAGCCUGAUCCUAAUAAGCAGGAUGACACCCAAUCCUGUCCCAACUCUAACAAGUCACCUUCAACCCCUAGCCAUCUUCCAACACCUGCGCUGAGUUCAGCAGACUCAGAGUGUUCCCUCUUGCCCUCUAUCAGCAUGCCUUUACCAUCCUCUCCCUCACCCUCUGCGGCACUCAGCACCCCCCCGGCAGAUCCUGCAACAGCUAGUCUUCCUGACACCCCAUCCCCAGCACCCAGUCCUUCUUCAGGAGAGUCAGAGGAAGAGAAAGCCAAGAAACUUCUUUACUGUUCCCUGUGCAAAGUAGCUGUUAAUUCCCUCUCACAACUGGAGGCACAUAACAAAGGUACCAAACACAAAACCAUUCUUGAGGCUCGGAGUGGGCUGGGACCCAUUAAAGCAUACCCACGUCUGGGUCCUAAACCCAAUCAAGAGCAAGGAGGGGAGCUGUCCUCUGACCCCAAUACUCAGGAACGCACCUUCCACUGUGAGAUCUGCAAUGUCAGAGUCAACUCAGAGCUGCAGCUUAAACAGCAUAUAUCUAGCCGGAGGCAUCGAGAUGGAGUUGCGGGGAAACCUAAUCCUCUUCUCAGUCGGCACAAGAAGCGCACAGAUUUUAUGGAACUUCCAAAAACUCUGGGAGCGGGACUUUUACCAAAUCCUCUGGCUGUUGCUGCAGCGAUGGCAGCAGCAGCUUCCUCCAGUCAGCUGGCACUACGUCCUCCUGGCCCAACUUCUCACCCUCAUCCCCAUCACCACUUCCUACAGGGAACACCCCUCAGCCUCCUGAGGCCUGCUCCCGGACCCAUUCGCACCACGCAUGGGCCGAUCCUCUUCACCCCUUACUGAUGACGAGAGGAAGAGGACGAAUCAGGAAGAAGCACACUGUGAAGUAGAGGCCUGCAACCAUGUGCCAUCAAAAGCCAAAUCAGCUGGUCUGACUCCAGCUGGUGUUUCAUCCCAAUAAAAACACUAAAUACGAAUAUGACUCGUCGUGGUGCAUACUGUGGUUGCAGACCACUACUGUUACAUUGACAGGGAGAAACAGAGAUAACUGACAUUUCAAAGAGACAGUAUGUUUCCAUCUUCCCCAGUUUCCCUUCAUCUCUCAACGAUCUGCCAAUCAUCAAGCAGACUCUGCAAAUACUUUGAAGAGGAACUUGAUAGGACAGUACAACCCUAAAUCAAAAAUGCAUAUUUUUCUUCUUAUCUGUAGUGCUAUUUAUCUAUCUAGAUCAUUUUAAUGUGAGCUGCUGAGUUGGAGACAUCGGCUGUAGAGAUGUCUGCCGUCUGCCUUCUCUUGAAUAUAAUGGACCUAGAUGGCACUUCGCUAGUGGUGCCCAAAGCACUAAAGAAAAAAAAAAAGGAAAAAAAAAAAGAAAAAUAGCUAACUAAGCUACAUUAUGUUUGAGAAAAGGCAGCCAUCUCCACACCCGGUACCUUCAAACAUCUGCAACUCACACCUAAACAAUAUAGAUGGAAAAAUAGGACAAAUGCGUAUUUUUGAUUCUGUGGUGAACUGCCCUUUAAACAAUGUUUUUAUGAAGCAUGGACUUCUUUGAGUACCCUCGAAUCAGCAACUAAUUAUCUUCAUCUUACGUAUGACCCACUGUAUCCGACUCGAAACCCUACCUCUCUUAUGUUUUUAAUGUUCACAUGUUGCAAACAUUCAUUAGAUAUCCAAAGCAGUGAUGUUAUCAAAUACAUGCCCGCUGGGUUAGAUAUAGUAGUUGCCUCUAAUGUUAGCUGGUAUCAUGCUGUAGCUGUUGCAGUAUAGUGGACUGUACCACUGUAAAGUUCUGUUUUUGUGGCCUACAAAGAGAAAAAGGUACCAACCAUUUACAUACUGUUUCUGCAGUUACUGGCAAACAUUUCUCUGUACUGUAUGUCUUCACUUUCACAGUUGGCCUCAGUGGUCUAUCUAUACUUACCUCUGUGUCACAGAAACAGGCAAGUGAAAGAGUAACAGAAAAAGGGCAGAAAUUACAUUAAGUCUUAAAACUGUACCGUGCGUAUAUGAACCAUAUGCUGUGACUGUCCUGUCACGAAGAAGUAAUUGCUACUGGGGAACUAUGUAGCUAUCUGUGUUUUCUGAAGUCUGUAUAAAAUGCAGCUGAAAUAAAUAAGAACAGAACCAGAGGGAAAUCCCAUGCUAAGAUAGUUUCCUUGGUGAAGGUCAAGAUGUAACCCCACAUUCUCCCUAAAUGCCUACUGACCACAACCAUGUUCUUCAAAGCACAUAAGCAAAAGUCUACUUGUAUAUGGCUUAAAUACAAUUAAAAUUAUGAUCAAUCUUUUUUUUCCACCUACACCAGAAAAGGUUCAAUGUCUUAACAGAAUACUUUCAACACUGUGAGCACAGCAGGACAAUGGUUGAUGUAUGACUUUGGUACUGUAGCAGGUAUUUGCAUCAUGUGCACAUUUAAUUAUAAAGACCAUAUUUUCACCACAGUCCUAUACAGGGAGAGUGGAAAAUAGUGGAAUGAAAGACACCAGCAUUAUGUUACAGAAGGAAAAGAAAAGGACCACAUACACAGACAAGCAAAUGUAUGCAAAAAACAUAAUUUUGGUAGUAGUAUAAGCCUGUGGGAUAAAAAAUGUUUAAUUUGUCUGCUCUGCCUUAUGUGCUCCAACCCUACAUGAUCCUGAACUAUCGCAGCAAACAAAGUCAUGAUGGCUUGUGAAGUAUUAGAGGGAAGCUAUACGAAAUGAAAACUGUAGCAAUACUUUAAUCACUCCUGCUAACUUUUCAUGUUAAUGGCAAUAAAAAGAAAAUGUGGACAAAUGUAUGAAUUGUUAUUUAGGAGAAGUGUAUUGAACUGUUACUGUAAAUGUAGAUUAUUUAAAAAAAUAGAAAAGGUUUAUGUUGGGGCUUCCUAAUUGUUAAAUUAAAUCAAAAUUAUAUAUAAAAUCAUUAAACUGAGUUUAUGGUUGUAAGCAAUGUUGACUGAUUCCUUUUUUUAUUCAAAUGUCAAAAA